AGGAGCUGUGUCCAACUCCUUUCAGAGCGCUGCCGUCGGGAUUGUUUUCAGAAAGACAUGACCACACAGUACGGUAUUCUCUUCAAGCAAGAGCAAGCUCACGAUGAUGCCAUUUGGUCAGUUGCCUGGGGAAAAAAUAAAAAUGAUGGGUCUGAAACAGUGAUCUCUGGCUCUUUGGAUGAUCUGGUGAAGGUCUGGAAGUGGAACGAUGAAAAGCUGGAUCUGCAGUGGACUCUGGAGGGUCACCAGCUGGGGGUGGUGUCUGUAGACAUCAGCCACACGGGUGCCAUUGCAGCAUCCAGCUCCCUGGACGCCCACAUUCGCCUUUGGGAUUUAGAGACUGGCAAACAGAUCAAGUCCAUAGAUGCUGGUCCUGUUGAUGCUUGGUCCCUGGCUUUUUCGCCUGAUUCCCAGUAUCUUGCAACAGGAAGUCACGUGGGGAAAGUAAAUAUUUUCGGUGUUGAAACUGGAAAGAAAGAAUAUUCUCUGGACACCAGAGGAAAGUUCAUCCUUAGCAUUGCAUAUAGUCCAGAUGGAAAAUACUUGGCCAGUGGAGCAAUAGAUGGCAUUAUCAAUAUUUUUGAUAUUGCAACUGGAAAACUUCUGCAUACGCUAGAAGGCCACGCCAUGCCUAUCCGCUCGCUGACCUUCUCCCCUGACUCCCAGUUACUCGUCACCGCCUCUGACGAUGGCUACAUCAAAAUCUACGACGUGCAACAUGCAAACUUGGCUGGCACAUUAAGUGGUCAUGGCUCCUGGGUUUUAAAUGUAGCGUUUUGUCCAGAUGAUACCCAUUUUGUUUCCAGUUCAUCUGAUAAAAGUGUAAAAGUUUGGGAUGCUGGAACGAGGACCUGUGUCCAUACUUUCUUUGAUCACCAAGAUCAGGUAUGGCUACUAUUCCCUAAGUCAGCAUGUUCCCAGGAGAGCUUGGGUAGUUGUGCACAUUUGUGCUUCAUCUUGGUGCUUCAGCUCCAGACUUGCAGUAAUGCAGCUUUAGCUUGCUGUAAUGAAAUUUUAGAAGUUGUGGUUAUUUAGCACUUAAUAUUGAAGUAGUACUUCUAAGUGUAUAUGCUAAUCUCUUCCAAGUAAUUAACAUUUUUCAAGCCCAAUUAAAGGCAAGCCUGAGUGGCCUAAGUCUCACCAGACUCUGUUACCUUUGUCUCUGUUCUUAUUUCUGUGACAGAAAUAAGCACAGCAUGUGCAUCUGUAAUGGUGGAAAUACUUAUUUAAAAGGAUGGAAUUACCUAAACAGAUGCUUUAAAGCAGCCUGGAAACUUGGGAGUUCUUCCUCCUCCAUUGUCUGUAAUAGUGUGGGGUUUUAAUUUCUUGUUCAGUGAUAGCUUGUUCAGUGAGGGAAGGACAUUUACCCAUUUACUCUUUGUCCAAAUGUCAGGUGAUAAAUAGAACAAUAUUUUAAUGGAUCACUGAGCAAGAAACACAGCAUAUUCUUCCAGAUUUUAUUUGAAUGUUUUCUUCCUUAGUACUUUCUUGCUGGUAACCUUUUCGGUUAUCUAUAGCUAUGGGGGUUUUAAUAUUAAAGUACCAAGUGGUCCUUGAUUUCCCCUGUUGUUUUGGCUGUUGUGUAUAAUCUCAUUCAGUCUGUGGCAAACAGAGAUGUAUCAGUUACUGGGAAUGCUGGGUUUGGGUAUUAAUGCUAAAUAGCAUACAAGAUUGCCCAAAACAUACUGUUGUCAAGGCACCCAUUCUGCACUUCACGUUAACGUGCUGGGUAGCUUUCACCCUUCCUGAUGUCAUUCUGAUGGAGAUGGGUGUCACUUAAGAGCUUGUGUAACUGUCUUAAGUCAGAGGACUGACCUGAAUUCUUUCUAAAUUUUGUACUGGUAGGUAAACAGUUCUCUGAAAGAGCUCAAGGAUAAAUUAGGUCAUUCUUCAGUCUGUCAUGAUGUGUCAUGACAAAUACUUCCUCUCUUGCUUUCCUGUACUGUAAAAUACUAUUUUCAGAAAGGGCUAGAGGAUGGACAAGCGUGAAGAUGCUUGGGUUAUUUAUGCAAACUGGGGCAAGGACUCUUCAGCCCUGAUCAAGUAUCUUUGGCUAGUGUAACCACUUGUAACCCACUGUGGGUGGGAGUGGCUGUAGGAACUCAUCAGGCUCCUAGAGGGCAGUGUCCUGCUCUGCUUCGGCAGCCCGAGCUGGUUAGAACUGCACCAGUUCUAAUCAGGUGACUUUUAAAUAAUCCUUCCUCUACUGCUUGCAAUAAAUAUGAGUGCCACAAAGAUUAUUUUU